CACGUAAACAUCAAUAUCAACACCCAACUAUGCAUAUCCGUACACAAACCUUCAAAAAUAGAGUCUCGCGAGUAGCCAAGUUCCGAUGACCAAUGACGCAGGAAUGAAACCUCUCCAUUAGUGAUCCAUCCACAAAGACAAGCCCAAUGCUGCUCGCUGAAACCGCUCCAAGCUGCGUCACUGGCUGUUGCUCGAAACGGGGUCCUCGGUCCGCCAAUCGCAUGAUCCAGGGCGCUCACUCGCCCCUUAGGCCCAGCUCCGCCGUUCCAAACCUGGCCCCAGGCACUUGCACUGCCAGCCCAGGGGGAAUUUGUGGUUUUUACCCUCUGACAAUGGGGGGACACACAUUGGGGAACACGGAAGGUUCAAUUGCAGAUAAGAGAGUUAAUCUUUUGCAGAUCAUGACUGUUUGAUGGGAUUAAGAAUGUGCUGAGUGUUGCACAACCGUGCUCUUCCUCGUGCACGCCUCUCUUUGUGUCUUUAGCUAGGCCUUUAUUAAGCUUUCACGCGCCCUGAACUCUUCUGGUAGUUAACUCAACUCAGGUUCGAGGAAAACAAAAAACCUCCGCUGGAAUUGCUAGCUCAGGCAGUUCUAGACCAUCUUGAGCCUAGCCCGGACUCCCUCGAGGUCUUCCCCUUUCCAGACCAGUUCUGACUGGCUUAGGAUGGGGCGUUGGGUCCACUGAAGCCCGCUGGGAAAGUCGGGACCCUCUCUUGGUAUGGCGCCUGCUUGCCUCCUGUUGGUCUGUUCUCCCAGUCUCCCUCCUCCUGUUUCUGUUGUGUAGCCACUCUCAGUCGCUCCCUCGCUCCUCUUCGAAACCCGCUUUCUCUUUCUUGGCUUUUUGCAGUUCUGUCCAUCCUGUCAAUCCCCAUCGAUCCAUCCAUCCCAUCCCAACCACGACUAAACAAAUCAUCAUCAUCAUCAUCAUCAAUCAAUCGAAUCGAAUUCAAUCUCUCAAUCACUCUCGCUCAUCCGAUUAUCGACCUGACUCGAGUCAUCGAAUUUCCCGUUUCGAACUCAAUAUUCGCUCGCUACAAACUGUCUCCUUAUCUGACUUUGUCUCCCGAAAACGACUCCCUUCGCCAUUGGCUUGACGACCGCUCCCCUUCGAAUCCCGACACCGUUCAUCGCCCCCUUGGAUCUCAACGUCGACUUCAACUCUUGAAAUUCAACGACUUGUAGGGCACGCCCUUGCAGGCGUCUUUGGCUUGAAGCCCUGGCCUCCCUUUCCACCACGCCAUGGAUCCCAACAACGGGAAGGACUCUAGCAACUCGCGUCGCUCAUCGACCCGACGCUCGCGUUCCUUGAGGCUGUCCACUGGUAGUGGUGCCGACGAUGACUACGAUCUCAGUGCUAUGAUGGUGGCGGAUGGCUUCCGACCGUCCGAUAAUGCCACCUCUUCUUCUUCUUCCAUGAACCCGACUUCAAACUCCAAUACCCAACCCGAAUCGUCAUUAUCAUCGACUGAAUCCUUUUCCCAACAAUCGGCAUCUACAAAGUCAUCACAGGCACCACUUGUCUCUGGAUCAGGUGAAAUCGCACCUGCCAUCCGCAAUCGACCUUCUAGCAUCUCCAAGCCUCACCGAAAUCAUGAUUCUCUUGCUCUUCGAAACGACGGCACAUCAACUGCUGACCGAUCUCACAUACGCAACAACCACAGUCUAUCGUCAGAUUCUCCGGUCAUUCGCGCCGAAAGUCCAUAUACAGGCCCAUCUGGUCCCUCUCAUCCAUAUCAGAUGUAUCCUCAGCGAACAAUGAGUGUGGCUACUACAUCUACCACCGCCAACGCAGUCAUACCAGAAGAUCGUUCUUAUGGAGGCACUCAAGCUCCAACUCAUCCAUACGCUCUUUACACACAAAACACCACCUCCGGCGAGAGCAGCGCACCCUCGAUUCCAGUGGGAUUCAACGGCUUGGGAGGAACUUAUCAGCGACAACUAGGACCGGAUGGAGAAGAGGCAGGUGAUUUGGUCGGCCCAUUGGGCCAUAUGGAGGAACUGCCGCCCUACACCAGAUAUCCGGAUAAUGCGUAUGUGCCUAAACCUGCAACACAAACACCAGUAUCGCCAGUAUCGCCAGUAUCGCCCGUGUCUGAGCCCGCAUCCCCCACCAGGGAAAUUCCAGGAGCUGGUGGAAUUGGUAUGGCAACUCGCGAUCCUGAAUUCUCAUCAACGGAUGAUGACCUAGCUUUGCCGAGGACCCGGCCUUCAGUCAGAAGCCAUGCCUCCGAGGCCAGCCAUCACGACAUCAACACCGCCGCCGCCGAAACUUCCGAGAAGCCUACUGUCAACAAAUGGCAACGUAGGGCAAAGAAGAAGCUCUGGGGAAUUGUACCUUACUGGGCUAUUUGCCUCCUGCUUGUUGGCUUGAUUCUCAUGGGCAUCAUCAUGGGUGCCGUUAUUGGAACUAUGCUCACAAAAAACCAUAACAAUAACCCAGAUGGACCCCCUGAUCCAAAUGACAAAUAUUCUUACCAACCUCCGACCACGACCACAUAUGACCCUGAGAUCAUCACAACCAUACCGACUGACUUGCCCCCAAUGGCCGUAGGGCGUUUUGCACUCCCCAAUAUUGACCCUAGCCCUCAGAAUAGCAAUGCCUGUUUCAACGACUCGCAACAGUCAUCGGCCUGGUCCUGUGACAUUGUCAUCCCUAUGUGGUCGAUUCAGAUCGAUAAAGGCACAAGAUCCAAGUCCAAACCUUGCUACAAUCUGACUCUCAAAGCUAUUCCUGAUAAGGACACGCCAUUUCCGUGGGGUGCCCAACCUCCCAGCAUUCCUCAGCCAACACCUAUGGUAUUAGUUAACGACACGUUGGAACUUGCACGCGGUCCUGCUUGGUGGUUGAGGACAAAGUACAACAAGACUGUCAUCGUUUCCGAGAAGAAGUUUGGUGCUGCUCUGAGCAAGCGAGGUUGGGACGGCGACGAUGAAUAUGAAGACUACAACUCUUUCCAUCGAUUCAAGAACAAGGCCCCCCCCAAUGCCAAGAAGGGCGACAAGCCUUGGAUAUGUACAUGGCCAGACACUGUCAUCGAGUUCUUUAUUUACCCCGGUGAAAAUUCUUCGACCUAUCAUCCCCCUUCUGCGACAACUACUGGUUCCGAAGGUGCCACUGCCACAUACAGCACCUAUUCUAGCACAUCCACAGCCGACUGGAGCUCUUGGAAACAACCCGUGCCCGUGUUCCCCCAUGUUUACAAGAUGGUUGAGCGCCGAUUUCUAUGGGGUGAAGAAUCCGUGGCGACUUGCACUCAAUACGAGAUCAUUGGCGACGGAGAUGAGAAGAGGCCGGUCGAAAAAGACGGUAAGAAGGUUGUGAUCGUCAUUGUUGAACAGGAGAAUGAGGAUGUUGAUACCCUGGACCUUACCUUCACAAAGCGCUCAGAACUUGAGACCAAGAAAGCGCUUCGACAGUUGCUGAAACGAACAAACCCGUCACUUACCGAUUGCGGUUGCUCAUGGACGUCACUAUAAAGAGUUGAUCUCAUUUAUAUUGCCCUUAUUUGGCAUGGAUUCGCUUAUUUAUACAUGACGAGCCCUGCCAUUUUCUACCUUACACAUUCUUCUUCGAUAUCAUGGCGUUAUGCAUACAAGACUAAGGGGGCCAUUACUGGAUGACACGAUUCUUAUAUAUCCGUCGUGUCUACACUGAUUUUCUGUCAUUACUCAAGAUUGCAUCAUGCGAGAAGGAACGAGAGUCAUGUAACGGAAUGCAUUUUGGGUCACAAAUGAAAGGAAGGGAAUAUCUGGAGUUAUGGGAGCGACUGACCGCUUAUGAAAAGAAAUGCCUAUUGAUUGAUUCAAGUCCUUUGAUUUGUGAUUGUGUUUUACAUUGGCUACAAGCGUGUUUUUUUCACUGUCAAUGGUACAUAAACCCGCUGUUCUCAGCCUGAAAUAUGAUUCUCAGUUGUACUUGAAGUUAAUUACUUCGACGCCUGUUAAUUCAUACGGAUUCGUAUCCGAUGCUGACUUUCUAACCAUGAUGUACAUAAUUUGCCAUUAUAUACCAUGACAAAGCGAUCCCCUUCUGCUCCAAUGGACCUUAAGGGUCCGGCUUGAUCAGUUAUGAUUCCGUUAUCCUAGAACGUCGUUCGACUGAGAUGUUCGGUGCAAGAACUAGGAAACGAGGCUGCAUCCCACAGCGAGUCGUUCAUCGAUGCAACCUCCCACCGUGACGUCAACUCGUCUUGAUGCGGACUACUAAAAUUUGCUGAAGAACGUUUGAUAGUAUCAUGAUUGUGUAAACGUAGCCUCGAGGCUAUGCGUCUGAUUUCGUCAAGGUCUCGCAGGCGUCACUGGGCGUCUUUCCCAACAGCUCCCUCGUUCUCCGGGGUUUCCCGAAUCUCAUUGUCGAUGAUGUCUUUCCUUCCAUCUCGGAAAUCUCGCAUUAAUGACAAGAAGACUGAGUUCUUCCAUUUCUCGCCAUCCUCAUGCUCGACUGACUCAAGAAGACGCUCUGCAGCAUCUGCAACUUCUGACUUUGUCUUUGCCGCCUCAACAGGUUCUGUGACCACUGACUCCUCUGUCUCAAGAGAAAGGCUGGCAAUAUCUGGUGUUGCGAGCUUGGUAGGGUUAGCCUCCAAUGUCGGCUCAGCGGUUGUCUCCUGUUG